AUGAUCUUCUCCAACAUCAUUGCGCUUGCUGUGCUUGGUCUUGGUGCUUCAGUGGCCUCAGGGCACAGCAUCGAGUUCUUGGAAACCCCUCUACUGGCCUCAGGACGCAGCAUCGAGGUGUUGGAAACACGGCAAGAUGCGCAACCAGCACAGAAUGUCACCGUUGACGACUGUUCCUUCUUUUCCGAAGACGGGUACGCAUUGCCCCUCCCCAUCUUCAACUGUGACUCUUGCAACCUGCUGACGCAUCGAACUAUCUCCAGCAUCUUGCCAGAAUGUUGGCAGGUUCUCGAAAUGAACAACCACUUGAAUCACUGGUGGUCCAACAACUCUGCGAGGUGCGAGGCUUCGAAGAAGGGCUUUGCUCAGUGUUACUUGGACUCCGCCGGUCUCAUUUCAUGGCAAUGCGACUUCGUGGCCCUCAACGCAUGCACUCCGCCUCCCAGCGGGCGCGACGCUGGCUAUGCCUCGUAUCAGGAGUUUUACGUCAUCUGGAACAUCUAUGCCAUCAAUCUCUUCUGGACCAAUUACCAUUCGUCGCUACUUCAGGGACAGGCAAGUGCCAUUGGCUCAGUGGCCGAGAUCGUCAAGACCGUCGCGCCGCCAACGACGAAGAACCCCAAAACACCGCUGUUUUCCCCGAUCUACCUGGUCGGCCUCGGUCAAUUCGCGGCGUUGGCUCCUCUCCUCGGUGGUUCGGUUGCAGCAAGCAUGAUCUUCGCCUCCCUGAUCGGUGUUCUGGGUGGUGGAUCUGGUCUCUUCAAUCUUCUGUUCCCUCAGAAGACGGUGUACGACGUGCCCUGGGAGGGCUUGUCAGAUGCCCUAGGGACGAACGUCAACGAAUUUCAAAAGAAUGUCGGAGCAGCUUUGACUGAAAUUCAGACAAACUUUGACACAUUCUAUGCGCUUACCUCGAAUGGUGGCUUCAGCCAGAGGCUCAAGACGAACUUACCGGAGGACACCGAUUUUAUGUACCACAACCUCAAGAAAUGGGUAUUCAACCAGGCUCUGCAGCAAGCAGGCUACUUCGCCGUCAAGAAUCCCGGUGUUGACCCGCGGGAAAUUCCUAUUGAGCCGUAUGAUUGCUCUAAGUUGGACGACAAGAUGACGUGCGGCCCAAUUUGGUUUGACGGUAAAGACUCAUACGGCCUCGCGAAAGCAAACGAUAUUGGCAUGGAUCGCAUGAAGGAGAUCCUCGACGUAGCGUUUUCCAAGAACUGGACGACGCCGAGCGAGCUCUACAUCGAUGCUCAGUCGUGUCGUGGGAAGAACGGGUCUGAGGCGUUUGAUCCUGCAAUUGGCGAAGAAUUCACGGAGCUAACAACAUGCGACAUCCAGUCUAACCUACCUGUCUGCGAGUUCAACUUCGACUAUAAUCCGUAUGAGACUACCUGGGCCCGUGUAAACCCACCGCAGUUUACCAACUGUCCCAACAUGAGGGGUUGGGGAGUUCCUCCCUACUGGAGUAACGAUGCCGGAGUGCCGCUGACCUAUAUCGGUCCCUUUUUGAUGUCUGGCGUGAUUUAUAACGAGAAGAGCGGAUGA